AUGAAUUCAACAAAGAUCUUUCGUUUUGGUCAAGAUGUUCUUAAUGGACGUGAAGAGCAAGUGAUUAUUAUCAAGGAGCUACUGGACCCUGCAUACGGUUGUUAUGUAUGGCCCUCAGCAUUUGUUCUAUCCGAAUAUAUUUGGGCGCAGAAAGAUUUGUUCAGAGAUAAAACCAUAUUAGAAAUAGGCGCUGGAACUUCAUUACCUGGAUUCCUGUGUGCGUCUCUUUCUCCUGAAACCCAUGUCAUAUUGACCGACAGGCCGGAUGUUCCACAAAUACUCGAAAACAUACGCGAGGGAGCUCGAUUAAACGGGUUGAUGAGUUCAGCCGAAAAUCGGAAAGCAGAGGAAGACGAUGAUAAACCAUUGCGACAGAAUGUUUGGGUGAGAGGAUUGAAAUGGGGAGAAAUCUUCUUCCAGUGUGAUGACGAUCGCGAAGAAGGACUUCUAAAAUUGUUACGUGAUAUUGAACAAUCUGGAAAACAGUUGGAUUGGAUUUUGGGUAGCGAUACAUUUUAUGAUCCAAAAGAUUUUGAAGAUAUUAUUGUAACCAUCGCAUACAUACUGACCCAUCACUCACCGAAUGCAAAGUUUAUAACUUCAUAUCAAGAGCGAAGCUCAAAACGUUCUAUACAAUAUCUUUUGGACAAGUGGAAGCUUGAGUCUCGUCAAAUAUCUCUUGAAUCAUUUAACUUUGAUUACAACAAGUAUACUACUAAUUUGAGUCCUUCGUCGUCUGAUGACGAGGAAGAAUCGAUAAACGCAGAAAGUGAAUCUAUGGAUAUCAGUGAAGAUGAUGAUUUAGAUUCUUUAGAAGAAGAGGAUCUCUUGACAGGUCACAAGGAUGAAGCAGCCUACUCUGCUUCGUUACACAGCAUUUUUCUGAUAGAAAUUUGGAAACCUCAUUGA